CCAAGAAAUCUAAUGAAUGAGAAUAUAUUUGUAGACCAGACUUUCCAAAUAUACAAGUCUAAUGGUUCACCCAAGGAGAAUGAUUUUGAGCUUGGGAAAGAAAGAUUUUUAGAAAUUUAUUCACAAUUUUUAUUUAAAUACCUUCAAAAUACCAAUCCAUCAUUAUUAAACGAUGGGAUCAUAACCUCUAUAACGACAUCUCGUGACAUAUUAAAGCACCUAAAGACUUCACAUGGGUCAGGAACACAAGAAGGAUUUGAUAUUGUGUACUUUAGUAUGAAACAUACGAAUUCUAGAGUGUUAUCAAGACAAUCAAUUGUAUUUAUAAAGCAACAAGAAUCACAACAAAAUGACUCCACAACUACAGAUAAAGAUGCACAUUUUAAUACCAUAGUACUUGUAAAGUCAAGUACCCCACCAUUAUGUGAAGCCUUGUUAAGAAUUGUGGAGUCUAUCCAAGGUGAUCAACCUCUUGUAAUUAAACCCUUUAAAGUUGGUGGAGACUACAUUAGAAACAUUAUGGACAAUUUAAUCGAAAAAAUAGAGUCCGUAGAAGAGUUGGGAAAUAUUGAGUUAGCAUUUCAAGGAAUUAACCAACAAAAUGACUCGUUACGACAGAUAUCUAUCGCUAUCCCAUCAGCAGACAUAAAGCAAUUCCAUAAAGAUAAAACCCCUAAUCUAAGUCUAAGUAAUAAGAUUUAUAAACAUUUGAAUAAAAUUACAAAGAUGAAUUUUAAUAAUCUUCCCUUGACAAGAUUUACUUCACAUUUAGUAAAUAUUUCUCAAGAUGGAAAAUUGAAAAUACAUAGACUGAUCUUACGCGAUAGACAUCAACUGGAUAAUGAAGAAGGGUCUACAUUAAUAUGGUUUCUACUUGCAUCUUUAUUUACAGAAUCUUUCCAAUGA